AUGACGCCGGCAUUCUGCCUCACAGACUAUAAAGUGCAGGGCUCCACGCUUGACUCAGCGAUCCUGGAUCUUAAAGAUGACCCGACGAUGCGCGGUCCAGACCGCCACCAGAAAUUCUGCUCAACCUACGUGCAAUUGUCCAGACUACGUACGCGCAAAGGGCUCCAUCUUCUACAACCAAUCGAAAUGAAAGACCUCCAAUUCAAACCGGAUCCUCGGAUUCUCGCAGAGAUGCAAAGACUUGACAAGCUGCAAGAGGUUAGUUUAAUACCAAGCUACCGUUCGACGCCAACCCGUUCUGUUAACUAUGAACUGUUACAGUGA